AUGUAUGUCGGAGGAUAUAAAAGUUUACGUUUGUUGCAAAUUGCGAGGCCAGACUUUGUCCAUCCAGCUGACGCCCGGAAAUUAAUAAUUGCUAUGAAUGAAACAUUAAUUCCGAACAAAACCACAACAUAUUGGUGCAAAGAUUUUGAACUUCCAAAAUAUAAUCAGAAAAUGCAGAUCGUUAAGUAUUUCAUUCAUUCUGUUUUUUCUUUGUUAUUAGGUGUGAUUGAUUCGUCUGGAUUCGAAAUGAUUCUGAUACCAGCCCGAAGAAAAUUUGAUGGCGCAAUUAUUGAAAUUGGACAAAUUCCAUUUGACCCUCUCUUUCGUUUCACUCAAAUGAUUCCACCUUACCAACCAGAUUUCAAAUCUAACAGUAUAUGUCUUUCCAGUUGCAUUUAUGAUGGUGAUGAUCUGAAAGUGGAAUGUACUUAUAAUUCAAUGGCAAGAAGCAAAUUUACAUGGGGUGGCUUGUCGACGUCUGAUGAGAUGUGCCUUGCAUAUGUCAUGUACUAUCCUAAAAUGAGGACUACAAACUGCCUAAGUGCCAUUGGAGUAGUUGAUACCAAAUGGAGAGAAUAUAGUUUAAAUACUUCGAACUUGCUGCAAUUCAAGAAUCAAGAAAUUGCCAAGAAAUUUGAACAAACUGUCAAUGGCUUGGGAAAUAAUUCUUCUUUGUUAACAUAUUGUUCGGACGGAAUAAACGUAACAUCGAAAGCAGGAUUUACUUUCAGCAUCCAUUUUUAUAUUCGUCUGCAUGACCUAAUCCUUGUCGAACUUCUCUGUUGGGGCAUAUAG